AUGGCGACACCACUUGUUGAGAGACUGAAGGCGUCGGGGGGCGCCGAAUCGGCCGGAUUCCUAAAUGAUAUUGUGGACCAAAUGUGGCCGCAUAUCAACAUCGCCGCCGGCCGAAUGACAAAGGAGAUUGUUGAGCCAAUGCUCGCCUCAAUGUUGCCUGGUCCUCUGUCAACCCUGCGUUUCGUCAAGAUUGAUCUGGGAAAUGUGCCAAUGAGAUUCUCUCAAGUGGAUGUGCACAAGACCGACAAUGAGGGCAUUAAGCUUGACAUGGACCUCGACUGGGAUGGACAGUGUGAUAUUGAUCUGGAGGGCAAGAUGGUGCCCAAGUUGGGCAUUGAGAAGGUUCACAUCCACGGCAGACUUUCCGUGCUGCUCUCGCCGUUGACCGACAUUAUUCCUCUGAUUGGUGCGGCUCAAGUUGCCUUCAUCAACCCCCCAACCCUGAAGCUCGACUUUGCUCACGCCGCGAACAUCGCCGACUGCUUCCUGAUCGAGAAGGCCGUCCGCAAGGUCAUCCUCAACAUCAUCGCCUCCAUGGCCGUCCUCCCCAACCGCUACCUGGUGAAGCUCGACGGCAACCUGGACUGGUUCAAGGCAUACCAGCCCCACCUCGGCGUGCUGCGCCUGACCGUCGACAAGGCGACCGAGAUCAACGGACCCAAGAAGAGCGGCGCCAAGAGGCUGCUGGACAAGAUCAUCAAGGACAUCCCCGACUGUUUCUGCCAGGUGAGCGUCGGCGCCGAGGAGAUGUGGCGCACCAAGACUGUGAAGAACGACCACAACCCAGUCUGGAACGAGACGCACGACUUCCUCAUCACGGAUUUCGAACAGGUCAUCGCUAUCGACGUUGAUGACGAUGACCUCGUGGGCGACGAUGAUAUUGGCCUUGCGUCCACCACGGUCAAGGAUAUUCUGCUGGAAGGCGGUACUCACGAGCUGGAGCUGAUCCACAACGGCGAACCAACCGGCUCGAAGAUCGUCCUCCACGCCCAAUUCUUCAACUUCGUACCUGAAGUUGAUGCACUCAAGGCCGCCGAGAGCCAGGGCGAGGGCCAGAUCUGCGGACUCGCGACGGUGCUUAUCGCCAGCGCUCUCGGGCUCGAGGGUAACCGCAGCGACUUGAACCCCAGCGUGAAGGUGACGUGGGGCGCGAGCGAGUUCCAGACGCCGAUCAAGUCGUACAGCCCCGGGAUGGACAUCUUCAACCCCAACUUCGACACCGCGUUCAGGAUCCCGGUGACGCUGGAUAUGGUCAACAACGCGUCAAACUUCAAGCUUGCGCUGAUGAACAAGACCGACGAGACGGGAGCCAUCGAGAUCCCCUUCUCCGACAUUCUUGAGGCCCCUGGCAUGAUCAAGGCGGAUGCCUUUGACGUUGGAUCGGGUGCGACGGUGAGGGCUAGCAUCUCUCUGCGCGGGUUGCAGCACGCCCCGUUGCACUGA